GUUUGCUAAACCAUUUUCUAGAGUGUUCAAAAAGAGCUAGAUAUGAUAUGGUAUAUUAGCCGGCCAAAAAGGAAACGGGUCUGUUACAUAAUGCAUAUCAGCCAGCUGGAGUACAAAUAUUUCCAUGACUCACAUAACCUCACCCUCAACACAAACAUAUUCGAUCAUCACCAUUAGUCAGAGAUCAUAUAUGCUCGAUGCAGUAAAAUUAUGAGCGUAACAGAGUACUUGUUUGAAAUAUAUGUUGUCAGUUACAGCAAUGAUAAUGUCCAAGUACGUACACGAUAGCUAUAUCUUUCAGAGCGGCUACUCAUAAGUCACCAGUGAAGGCUUCCAAAAAACAGUUCCAGUAAAGCCAUAUACAGUUAAUUUUGUCGAUAACAAAGAUCGUGGGAGGAAAGGAUACGAAGCUCUCAAGACUGCUUCAUAAACAAACCAGUAGUCAUUUCAUUAUCACAAUCUUUGUCGUGAUGCUUAUAGUAACAUUAUCUGUCAACAUCCCCACCUACUCUGCUUUUCAAACUACUAUCAUACAUACAUAUACUAGACAUGUUGUUAACUUUUUAAAUUAUGAGGCUAUAAUACUCCUCGGUAUGAUAUGCCAUUAUAUCAGAUCUCUGAUAGGGUUCUCUACAUCUUUUUUUUAUGUGGCGUAAGUGUAAGCAUGCCAUUCCUCCGUGCACAAUUCCUCGGACAACGAUUUGCUCAACCCGCUAAGCGAUGGAACAGCACUGCUGCCGCUGG